CUUUUGAUACUUUGUAAAUCCUUCGAGAUAAGAAUCUUUGCGGUAGGACAGACUCACGUAAGCAUGGAUCCAUCAGGCCGAUUCGAGGAGAGAAAGAAAGGUAGAAUUUUUCACGCGGCGUACAUUUUUGCGGCUGGCUCUAUCGUUUUCCUCCCCCGUAGCCGCGGCACUUUCGUUACGCUCCAGAUCCUCUUCUCGCUCGGUCCCGUCGCUCCCCGUACGGAAAAUCUAAAGUGGUAAUAAACAGACACGUCUCGAGUUUCCCCAGCCAGUCGGUUCUCGCGUUUGCCAAAGAACGGCCGGCGAAUCUCUUUUAUUCCGUGGAGGAAAGAUGUUCCCCGGGCGUAAACGGAAAAAAUGGCUAGUUUACCGCGAAUAAUACGACAUACAAUGAAUUUCUGCAUCUUUCAUCAAUUUGUUCUCGAGAUGAACGUCGCGAUGAUAGCACAGCUUUUAAUCGUGAUAUUCUUGAUGUUAAGCGUGGACGCGAUUUUCUUUUCGUCCUUAUUCUCUAAAUCAAAAAUAAAGAACAAUUUUCCAUCAUCGUCAGCAAAACUGAAGUACGAGGACAACUUCGACGAAGAUGCGACUCUUCGGCCGAGUAAACGGAAACCGCACAUCAUUCUCAUCAUUGCUGAUGAUAUGGGGUGGAACGAUGUGAGCUUUCACGGAUCGGAUCAAAUCCCUACACCGAACAUCGACGCCCUGGCGUAUAACGGUGUUAUUCUAAACAAGCAUUACGUACCUGCACUUUGCACACCGAGUAGAUCUGCUCUAAUGACUGGAAAAAAUCCGAUUCAUCUCGGCAUGCAACAUUCAGUUCUCAUGCCAGCCGAACCGCGAGGGCUUCCGUUAAAUGAAAAGCUACUUCCCCAGUACUUAAAAGAAGCUGGUUACAAAACGCAUGCAGUGGGAAAAUGGCAUUUGGGUUAUUAUAGGACGGAAUAUACCCCGACAUUACGCGGGUUUGACACGCACUUCGGUUACUGGAACGGUCUUCAAGAUUACUACACGCACUUUGUACAAGAACCGGAUCCGCAAUUCAGUGAAUUCAGGGGGUUCGACAUGAGACGGAAUCUCACAGUAGCAUGGGACACACUCGGCAAAUACUCGACAGACAUUUUCACUGACGAAGCAGUCCGACUGAUCAACCAGCACGACGUCGAUCAACCAAUGUUUCUGUACUUGGCACACUUGGCACCCCACAGAGGAAAUAACAAUCAAUUGAUCCGAGCUCCGCUCGAAGACAUCGCGAGAUUCUCGUACAUUCUUGACCUGGAAAGAAGAAUCCAAGCCGCUGUUAUAUCGAGGAUGGAUCAAGGCGUCGGUGAGGUGAUGGACGCAUUGAGAAAUCGUGGCAUGCUGGAGAACAGCGUGGUACUGUUCAUGAGCGAUAACGGUGCACCUACUGUAGGGUUUCUAAGCAACCGAGGCAGCAAUUAUCCUCUACGUGGGGUAAAUUCUUCCAAUAUUUCCUUUACUAUCAUUUUUGUUUUUAAUCAAAACCGUAUUAGGGUUGAGGAGCAUAGCAUGGGGAACGAUUGUAUUAAUAAUUUUCUGAUAUUCUUAGGGAUUGAUGGCAGACUUGGAAACAUCGAUGGAUUCGACAUGUGGCCCACUUUGGUAUCUGACGAGGUCAGCCAGAGAUCUGACAUAGUAUACAAUAUCGAUGAUAUUGUCCCUUACGCUGCUAUCAGGCGAGGCGAUUUUAAAUACGUCACAGGUCAAACAGACACCGGCAGUGCUUGGCUCGGAGCUACUGGAGGUCCUUCCGAGGGAAUAUCUCCGAAAUACGAUCCUGAGAAGAUAUUAUCCAGCAAAGCCGGCGUUGCUAUUUCUGAUACUAUUACCGGGAAACAAAUGACAGGAUUAAAAGCAUCAAGAAAUAUGGAAAAUAUGAACGACGCUGUUUUAAAGAGCAACAUCUCUGAAAAUGUACUGAGUGUCGAUCAAGUUCUCGAGUUACGGAAGAUGGCUGAGAUAAAAUGCAACGUCAGGGAGGAAGACAGGAUCCCUUGCGACCCCUUACGAGCAGCAUGUCUCUUCAACUUGGAAAAGGACCCUUGCGAAAUGGUGAACCUAGCCGACAGAAGGCCAGUGAUUCUAGCCAUUUUAGGAAAGAUUCUAUGGAAGUAUAGAUUGACUGUGAUACCUCCUAGCAAUCGGAACGGAGAUCCCAGGGCGAAUCCAGCGCUUUGGAACAAUACGUGGACAAGCUGGGACGAGCCUAAUCCAUUGAUGCUCGCUCUUAUGGAUGACGAAGGCUCUCACGAUCAGUCGGAGUCUAAAUCAGCGAUCGCGGUGAUGUCUGUUAUUUGCGGGCUUCUUACUAUCGGAGUAAUGACGCUACUCGCUGUGAAAUUUGGCAGGCCUUGCUUGAGAGACAGACAAAUUCCGGAACAUGAAAAUGACCAUGGAUUGACGUAUACUACGGAUGGUGAAGAAUUUAUAAACAUGACUAGAAUCGUACCAAAUAAUCAGUAAAGUCACGUUAAAAAAAGAGCUCUACGUUAAACGAGAGAUUUUCAUCCCUAUUUUGACAUAUUAAUUAAGUACGCUGGUGUUAGUUUCAUUAAAACGAAUAUACUUUCACUUAAAAUAUCUUCAUUAAAGUAAAAUGAGACACUUUUAUCCAGGGUGAGUCACCUAACACUUUCACCUAAAAUAUCUCCAUUAUUUUUAAUGAUAAAAAGAAAUAUAUAAGAGGGGAAUCCUUAUUUAAACAAUUAUAAGUCUGAUAAUUAUCUUCCAAAUAUGAAAAAGUUUUUAUACAAAUUUCAUGAUUUUUUUUAGUAACAUUAUUAUUAUGUAUCAUUCGGUUAUCAAAGAGAUCCGAUUUUCCGACCACCCUGAUUGAAAUUAGUUCGAAUUAGUGACCCUCCCCAUGUAUGACUUAAGAUUAGGCGCUCAGUCCCUGGACUAUCAUCUUGGACUACCUUGAAUAAUCGAGGUUUUACUAUAGUCGUAUUUAUUUCAUAUUAUCUUGUUCUUUGUUACUUCACACGAUACGUGUUCCACGCGAUAUAUUCAUUCAUUAUAUCGUUUCAGGAUCACAUUAAUAUAAUGAGACCUUCUAAUAACGAAAGUACCGCUUGCUCGCCAAGUUUGUUGUACUUUCGACUUCAAGUUCAUUAAAGAGAUCAGAACAUUUGUAAAUAGUCCACAAUAUUGUUACAAAUAAAAGGUUCACGCUAACGCAUUGAUAAUUAAUUAUAUACCUGUGACAGAAGUGAAUAUUCGCAAUUAUUCGUAGACUGCGGAUUUUUAUGAAAAAUAAAUUGUUUAUUAAAGUUGUACUAAAACAAAGUUGCGUUGUUCUUAAUAAAGAAUUAAUCAACAA